AGUGAGGGCUGCUUCCCGGGAGCCCUUGCGGCGGGGGGCAAGAGUGGGCAGCCGGGCACGGGCCAAAGCCAGGGGAGUUGAGGCCUCGACUUGCCCCCCCGAGGAGCCCCAAAGGGGCUUGGUUGCUGGGCAGCCCUCGCCCUGCCCAACGCCUCGUGCCUCGAACCCACCGCCCCAUCCUAAGCGAAGGCAGGGCCCGACCAAGCCGUCCUCAACCCCCUGCCAACAGGCCUGCAGCAAGGGGCAUUAACGCCCCCCCCCCCAAAAAAAAGUUGUUGCAUCGCCAGGACAGCGGGCACCCCAGCCCCAGACCUGCGGGCAACUUGGGGAAGGCGACCAAGGGGUGGGCAAGCAGGCCGGGGAUGCCAACUUGGGACGCUUAGGCCAAGGCGGGUCCUUGGGGGAGAAGGAGACCCCCCCAACCUCUCCCUCCCUGCCACCCCCCCCCACGUUGGGAUUGUCCCCCAUGGGGCACCAGUCCGCCCAGGGCCCGCAGGCCGCCCCAAGGAGCUCAGGUCACUGAACGGGGGGCGGGGGGUCCCCCCAAAGACCCGCAACCCCACCAGCAGAAGCGGCCCCUGCCAGAGACGACCCCCCCAAAUUGGCUCUUCCAACCCGCAGCGCCGUCGGAACAACUGCUCCUACCAAGCGAUGAUGAAGACAGCAUCCAGUGGGAGCUGCGCGCUCAGCGUGCCAGCCAAAAACUCCUACCGCAUGGUGGUUCUGGGGGCCUCGCGCGUCGGCAAGAGCUCCAUCGUUUCACGCUUCCUGAAUGGCCGCUUUGAAGACCAGUACACCCCCACCAUCGAGGACUUCCACCGCAAGGUCUACAACAUCCGGGGAGACAUGUACCAGCUGGAUAUCCUGGACACGUCCGGGAACCACCCCUUCCCAGCCAUGAGGAGGCUGUCCAUCCUGACAGGCGACGUCUUCGUCUUGGUGUUCAGCCUGGACAACCGGGAGUCGUUUGACGAGGUCAAGCGGCUGCAGAAGCAGAUUCUGGAGGUCAAGUCCUGCCUGAAGAACAAGACCAAGGAGACAGCCGAUCUGCCCAUGGUCAUCUGCGGCAACAAGAGCGACCACGGGGAGCUGUUCCGCCAGGUGCGGGCCGACGAGGCCGAGCGGCUGGCCUCGGGGGACGAGAACUGCGCCUACUUCGAGGUGUCCGCCAAGAAGAACACCAACGUGGACGAGAUGUUCUACGUGCUGUUCAGCAUGGCCAAGCUGCCCCAUGAGAUGAGCCCGGCCCUCCACCGCAAGAUCUCCGUCCAGUACGGCGACGCCUUCCACCCCAAGCCCUUCUGCAUGCGCCGGGUCAAGGAGAUGGACGCCUACGGGAUGAUCUCGCCGUUCGCCCGCCGGCCCAGCGUCAACAGCGACCUCAAGUACAUCAAGGCCAAGGUGCUGAGGGAGGGCCAGGCCCGCGAGCGGGAGAAGUGCAGCCUGCAGUGAGUGGGGGCCGGCUCCCCGGCCCGCGGCGGACGGGCAGUGCCUUAAGGGAGAUGGACCUGGGCCACCCUCCGCCCCCGUCCGAGGGGCUGUCCCCGAGCCCGUGGUCACAGCCGCCAAGUUUUGUAAAUAACCCCGGGGGCUCAGUGGAGGAGGUCCCGGCAACCCCGGCUUCUCUGCCUCAUCCUUUCUGUGGACCGCUCCGUAAACCAACCUCCGGCUGUCUCUCCUCCAUGAUGAAGGAUGCCGCUCUGCGGAAGAGGAAGGGAAGGCGGGGCAGGGGACUGUGGGAUACCUUUGGCCAGGACCGUGCCCUAGGGCAGAGCGGCUUCACUUCCGAAGACCCCCACAGCCCUGCCCCUGCACCCAUGAGAACGGGGACCCCAGAACGCGGCUUUCUCUAGGAUAUUUUCCCAGGGGAAGGAUGACCCAGAGGGUCUCAGGCACUCCGGGGCUGGAAGGCUCCGCCCCCGGAGCCUGCCUUGUGACGUUGGUUUCUCCUCGCCCACCCCCAUACCAAGUUGAGCCAGUGGCAUUUGUGUGUUUGAAAUGGAGUGUCAACUACUGAAGCGCUCUUGUCUUUUGAAGCUGCCCGUUUUCUAGGUUAUUAGCAUCAUUGACCUUAUUAUUGUUCGUAUUUUGUUUCCUUUAACACAUCAGUCGUUGGAGUUGAAAUCGUGGUACUGUAAAAGCCCAGCCCGCCCUCCUUGGCCAGCUAGCUGGCCGGUUCCGCAACUGCUCAAUCCUGGCGUCUCCCCUUCCAUUCCCCCAGGCCUUAGGAUCCAAUCCCUGACCUUCCUCCCCCAACCCCAUUCCCCCUGUCCCUCUCCCACUCCCAUUUCCCUCUGACCCUAGCUCAGAGCGGGUAAGGCUUUAGGCAAGACACUGGCUUAGAGCCCGAAUCUGGGGUCAGUGUGAGCCUGGGCGCUUGAUGGACUUGUGACGCAGGACAAACCCUUUUGCUGAUCUGAGCCAGUUUCCCCCUUGUAAAACAAAGUCACUGACCCUGUAAGCCUCUCCCCCUGUCCUUCCUUCAGAUUAAUCCCAAAAAGCAAUCCAGGUUCCCCCAAGAAUACUGAACUGUUGGGCCAGAAGGCACCCAGAACCUCCCCUUUUAACCAGCUUGGCCCUUGGAGUCACCAAUUCUCUGGUUCGGCGCCUCUCUCCCCAACCCCGGCUACCCCAGCUCCUUGCUCCCGCCCAUCCCUCUCAGCAUUUUGCAGAUGGCAUGCUGGACUUUUGUUCUCUUGGACACGGUGGGCAGCCCUUCUUGUUAGAAGGCUAGUCCAGGCCGUGCGCAUGCCGGCCAUGCCUCAUUCCCCAAUUCCACUCCCGGGUGCGGGUUUGUAGUGUGAAGGGCAGAGGCCCUGAAGGCCACCCGGUUCUCCAGUGGACCCGGCCCAUCCCCCUCUCCCCUCACCGAACCACGGGGUGCCCCACGUCUGAGCCUUGCCGCAUACUGUACAGAGGUGAGAAGAUCUGGUCUUGUUUUAGAAAUCUGGUGCCAUGGAUACAUCCUGUUGCUCUCUUCCUGUAUAAAUAUGGGUACUGUACAAUUAAAGCAGAUUUAUUUA